AUGUAUGAGGGGCCUACAGUAGAAAACAAGGGCAAGAAAAUAGAGGAUCAACAUGUCACUAGUCCAGAACAAGAGGAGGUUAUUGAAGACCUUCCAAAGAAAGAGAAGUCUAAUGAAGAAAAGGUUACUGAAGACCUGAACAAGAAAAAAGUGGUACCACCAAUGAGCAUUGACCAUCAUGUUAGAAUUCCAUAUCCACAAAGGCUUCGCAAGCAUAAUAUGGAUAAGCAGUUUACGACGUUUUUAGAGGUGUUCAAGAAGCUACAUAUUAAUAUACCGUUCGCAGAAGCAUUAGAACAUAUGCCCAGCUAUGUGAAGUUUAUGAAAGAAAUCUUGUCAAGAAAGAGGAAAUUAGGGGAUUAUCAUACGAAGUUGAAUUUGAGAGAAGCUCGACCAACUACGGUAUCUUUGCAGAUGGCAGAUAGAUCAGUUGAUCACCCUCAUGGAGUGAUUGAGGAUGUAUUGGUAAAAGUGGGUAAAUUCAUCUUUCCCGCGGACUUUAUUGUAUUAGAUAUUGAGGAAGAUGAAAAUAUUCCAAUAAUACUUGGAAGACCAUUCUUGGCGACUGGUAGGGCUUUAAUUGAUGUACAAAAGGGUGAGUUAAAGUUGCGAGUACAAAAAGAGGAAGUUAUAUUUAAAGUUUUUACAGCAAUAGAAAUUCCAACUUGUUGUAGAGUUGAAGUGGUAAACCAAGAAGGGAACAAGUUGGAAGUCUCUAAGAAAAUCUCCAUAGUGAAAACCAAAAUGAGAAAGGGGCGAAACCGAUUAAAAAAGUACUUUAAUGAAAGAAUUCGAAUGUUAUAUGAGUGA